AGACGUGUUGGCUCGAGCCACGCGCUCGCCACUGCGGCAGCCUCCGCCUCCCCAGGCCGCCGCCCUGCCCAGGGCAGCGAGCGAUGCCCGACAUCUGGCUGGAGAAGUACAGGCCCACCAUAUUCGAGGACGUCGUCGGCAAUGCUGGCGCGGUCAGCGUGCUCCGCUCGCACGCCGCCGGGGGCACGUUCCCGCACCUGCUCUUGAGCGGGCCGCCUGGCUGCGGCAAGACCACUGUGGUGCACUGCUUGGCGCGCGAGCACUUGGGCACCGACUACGAGCAGGGCUGCAUCGAGCUGAACGCAUCUGACGACAGAGGCAUCGACGUCGUUCGGGAGAAGAUCAAGGGGUUCGCGCAGCAAAAGGUCAGCCUGCCCGAGGGCAAGCUGAAGAUCAUCAUUCUCGACGAAGCGGACAGCAUGACCACAGCUGCGCAGCAGGCCAUGCGGAGGACCAUGGAGAUGUACAGCGCCACAACCCGCUUUGCGCUUGCCUGCAACAUCUCUUCCAAGAUUAUCGAGCCAAUCCAGUCGCGGUGUGCCAUCCUGCGCUUCGGUCGCAUUGACGACGCUGAGCUCAGAGCUCGCUUAGCCAGGGUUUUAGAGAAAGAGACCGCUUCCUACGACGAUGCUGGGCUCGAUGCGUUGGUGUUCACCGCAGAGGGCGACAUGCGUAACGCUUUGAAUGGCGCCCAGUCAACCUUCAACGCCUUUGGCACCAUCACUCGCGACACUGUGAUCCGGAUGAACGAUCAGCCGCAACCCGAGAAAGUCAAGGGUUGCUUGAGUGCCUGUCUGCAAAAGGACUGGACCACCGCCUUCGCUCCAAUCCACGACAUCGUCAAGCAGGGGUACAGCUCCCACGACAUCAUAGCGACGCUGUCCAGGGUCACGAAGAGCUACGACGCACCAGAGCAUAUCAAACUGGAGAUACGGACCUGGAAGAUUGCAAGUGUGCUCAUGCCAAACUGUUGUUGAGCCCGCAGAGCGGGAAUCACAGCUGGCCCCAUCACGGGGACACAGGCACACACAUUCCGAACAUGUGAUGAUUCGUGAGAUGCCCUCGAGAUGCUCUUGGGACGGUUGUUGUGGCCUCCUUGGGUCUUCUUUGGUUGGGCGUUCUUGGACUUGUGUUAGGUCUUGAGAUGGUCUUUGGGGCCGUGGCGGAGGG